AUGGAUGGUGUGAAGGAGAAGGAGAAGGAGCUCACAGAUGAAGCCAUCUGCUCAUCUGAGCUGGUCAUGCCUGGCUGCAAUAAAGAAGUCCCCACAGUCGUCCCCUUUACCCCGUCCCCAGUGGUGACACCGGGGAACACAAAAGAAAGCAGCACCAAAGGCAAAAGUUCCAGCGCUGCGGCCGGAGAUCUGCUGCACUCAGUGCUCACUCAAAAAGGACGACUUGUCUCCCAGAGAGGGGAGCUCCUCCCCUCUGCUCUGCCGCAGAACCUGCUCCCUCUUCUGGGCAGAGGUCUCAGCAUCAGCUCCCUCCCUGGAAGCCAUUCCCUGGAGCAUCAAGGUGGCGGAUUACUGAGGAAGAUAAAAGCCCAAGCAUCAGCUGCCGUGUCAGGCCGAGGCAACGAGCCGACCGCGCCCCCUCCCAAGGACACACACUCGUCUGCACCGCACACACAGACACACAAGACAAAGCAUGAGGCUGAGGUCACCACUGUGUCCGCCAUGCUGGAGGCGGACACUGAUGCUGGACCAUCUUCUUCAGCUGCACAGAGCUGCAUGGUGAAUUUCUCAGACCCGGAGGGAUACAUCGACUCGUUGGAUGACCCGCCUCUGCCCGACGGCAGCGUCUUACACUGCACCUACACAGUGACGGUGUACAACGGCUAUGGAGUGGAGCUGCAGGUGAAGAGUGUGAACCUGUCGGAGGGGGAGCAGCUCUCCAUCAGGGGCCUGGAUGAACGAGGGUCUCUGCUGGUGCUGGCCAAUCACACGCUGCUGGUGGAGGGUCAGGUGAUCCGCAGUCCCACCAACACGCUCUCUGUUUACUAUUGCUCUGCGCCAGAGGGAACCAUGGGCUUCUUCCAGCUGCACUAUCAGAUCUUCAGGCUGAGCUGUUCUCUGCCAAAAAGGCCUCAUUUUGGGGAAGUGUCUGUGCUGGACUUGCUCCCGGGAGGCACCGCCCGCUUUCACUGCCACAUGGGCUAUCACCUGCAGGGGGAGCCGUUGCUCACCUGCCUCAAUGCGUCCCUGCCCAUGUGGAGUGGCAAGGAGCCCAUUUGCAGAGCUCUUUGUGGAGGGACAGUGAAGAAUGCUACCAUGGGGAGAGUGUUGUCCCCGUCCCCCCACCAUGGACCUAAUGCCACCCAGGACUCCUCCUGUUCCUGGUCCCUGGAGGCACCUAAGGGCCAGAGGCUGCACCUGCAUCUGGAGAGACUGGCCUUAGGGCCCACUGACAGGCUGGUGUUGUGGAGCGGCCUGGACGCUGGCUCUGUCGUGCUGUUUGACUCGGGUCGUGGCGGACAGAUUCCCUUUGAGGGAGUGAUCAGCGAGGGUCCGGCUGUGAGGAUCCAGUUCAUCACUGAUCAGCCCAACCACAACACAGGAUUCAACAUCCGUUAUGAAGCUUUUGAACGCGGCCACUGCUACGAGCCGUACAUCCAGAACGGAAACUUCACCACUUCUGACCCGCUGUAUGGGGUCGGAGCCGUGGUUCAGUUCACUUGUGAUCUGGGCCACUCACUGGAACAGGGCCCCCCUGUCAUUGAGUGCAUCAGUGCAAGAGAUCCCUACUGGAAUGACACCGAGCCGCUGUGUAAAGCACAGUGCGGCGGCGACCUGACCGGUCCGGGAGGAGUAAUUCUGUCUCCCAACUGGCCCGAGUGGUACGGCGAGGGGGAGGACUGCAGCUGGAGGAUCCACGUCGAGGAGGACAAACGAGUGCUGCUGGAUGUACAACUACUAAACAUCAGUGACAGUGACAUGUUGACCAUCACCGAUGGCGACGAGGUAACAACGCGUAUCCUGGGACGCUACGUUGGAGGAAGCAGCCCCUUCAAGCUCUCCUCCACGACUCCUGACCUGACCAUCACCUUCCACUCUGACCCAGCGGGGCUCGUCUUUGGGAAGGGCGAGGGCUUCAUCAUUAACUACAUGGAGGUGUCCCGAAAUGACUCCUGUCCGGACCUGCCCGAGAUCCAGAACGGCUGGAAGACGACGUCCCACGUCGCGCCGGUGCGAGGGGCUCACAUCACCUACCAGUGUGAUCCUGGCUAUGACCUGGUUGGACGGGAAACGCUCAUCUGUCAGUUGGACCUCUCCUGGAGCUCACAGCCACCCUUCUGUGAAAAGAUCAUGUAUUGCUCAGACCCUGGCCACGUGGAACACUCCACCAGGUCUCUGUCAGACCCUAAACUCAUGGUGGGAACGACCAUUCAGUACAGCUGCAAUACUGGCUUCAUCCUGCAGGGCGGCGCCACCCUCACCUGCUACGGCCGUGAGCCAGGGACUCCCGUGUGGACGUCUCAACUUCCUCACUGUGUCUCUGAGGAGUCCGUUUCCUGUGAAAACCCUGGUCUCCCUGACGACGGCUACCAGGUCCUGUCCAAGAGGCUUUACCUGCCCGGAGAGUCGCUCACCUUUGUCUGUUACCAAGGUUACGAGCUCAUUGGCGAGGUUUCCAUCAAAUGUAUCCUUGGAAACCCGUCGUUCUGGAGCGGGCCACUUCCACUGUGCAGGGCCACCCGUAACUGCUUUGGCAACCAUGCUUUGGAAGUUGCAGAGGCGACUGCCGGCUCCACUCUGGAUGGAGGGAACAUAGCUCUGGUCGUCUUCGUCCUCAUCCUCUUGCUGUCUGUGUUGCUGGGAGGCGCCUACGUCUACGUCACGCGGUGCAGAUAUCACUCGAACCUCAGGCUUCCGCUCAUCUACCCUCACCCUUACCGACAGAUCACUGUGGAGACAGAGUUUGACAACCCUCUCUAUGAGACAGGAGGGCAGGACACUCGUGAAUAUGAAGUAUCGAUAUGAGAAGUUCCAUGAAAGACGUUUCUGAAACCGAGACCGACCGCCUCGUCCUAACUCUUCAUCCUCUCUCCCUUCCUCCUCCGCCCAGGAGCAGGCGGUGUAAAUACAGUUAGAUGACGUCCAGCCCCUCCUGCUGCGAGACGCAGAAAUCAAUCCCACUCUUUCCUCCUUUGACACGACAGUGUCUGACAACAUGGUGGGUUUUAUUUGGACGGGAGCUACAACAUUGUCACCUGGAGACGACGGGACAUGUAGGAUUAACUGAGAAUAAAAGACCUAAAAGAUCAUCAAGGAAUUGAAGGUAAUGAGAAACACAGAGAGUUGAGAGUUAAGGUAUAACAUGGCACAGGUGAGGAGUUACGGAGAGGAGAAAAGGAAGGAGUCGGGGACAAGGCACAGUGUUAGGAAUGUGAAAUGAAGACACAGAAGUAGUUUUUUUAAUUCAUAUUUUUGUUUUUCCAAUUUACACAAAGAAUCCUUGACUGGAAUAUGCCUCAGUUUUAUCAGUGGUGACUCUGUCAGAACCUCAUACAGUCACACAAUAAACGCUCACUUUAAGAGGAAUUUAUUGAAAAGUUUCCGUCUGAGAUGUUAUACAAACAAUAAACCUGGUAAUACCUGGUUUUAUUUCUUUGGCUUUUUAAUGUGGAAUGGUACAUGGUAAUGGUAUAUUUAUAUGAUUAUAUAUGACCAUUAUCAAUGCAGCAGCCUAAAACUAUGAAAAGUCACCACAGAUACCUUAUCACGACAUCACGAUAUCUAAAAUCUAAGACCAUAUUUGGUAUCGUGUCUUAAUAUAGGUAUAAUAUCCAUACAUUGCUCAGCCCUUGAGUCACACCAUUGCUCCGUGGGCCAGACGUAUGAACUGAUGAGUUGGAUUUCUGAACACGGCAACAUAUAAGCUGCCGUGUUUAGGAAAUAAAAGUGAGUGCUUCCUAAUCAGUCCAACACACUGUGUCUUGUCCUUGACCUCCCUCCUGUCUGCAGUCACCUCCAAGCCUUUUUUACUCCAGCUUCUCCACUUCUGGCUUCAGCUGCUGUAAAUUUGGUUUUUAAAUCCAUGACUUGCAGGUUGUGGAGGCUGCAGUGUGAAUAGCGUAGCUGUAGAGUCAACUGACCAACCGUCAAAUGCAAGCUCAAUCCACCCACCAGAUGAUGUAUUUAUUUUGAUGUACUGUAUAUGUGAUGUUUUAUGCAAAUUGAU